GAGAAGAAGAAGACACACAAUAACAACGCAAAAAGAAGAAAAACCGAGCAAACAGCUUGACUCGCUAAGAAAAUAAAAGAAAACUAUAAACAAUGGAAGCAAAGCGCGAGAGAAAGUCAUCCCUGGAGUGUGAUUUUCAGGCCCCACUUUCGCCAUGUCCUAUUCCGGAUAUAACCGAUGACGAUUUGGUUAGCAUUUCUGUGCGGGACCUUAACAGGACCCUAAAAAUGCGUGGACUUAAUCGCGAGGAGAUUGUCCGAAUGAAGCAACGGCGAAGGACUCUGAAAAAUCGUGGAUAUGCAGCCAGUUGUCGGAUCAAGCGCAUAGAACAGAAGGACGAACUGGAAACAAAGAAAUCAUACGAGUGGACCGAACUAGAGCAAAUGCACGAGGACAACGAACAGGUGCGACGUGAGGUGGGCAACUGGAAGAACAAGUAUAAGGCUCUUUUGCAGUUCGCAAUCCAAAACGAGAUUCCCAUUCCAAGCGAGUUGGAAGGCUGCUGAUUCCUCAGUCACAUUCCUGUUUCUGUCAAAAUUUCAAUAAACUUCAUAUGAAAACACCUGUAACUAAAGUACAAUAGCUGGCAAAUUCCCCUUCCAUAAUAAACGUAAUCUUUACAAGAAA